AUGUGGACGAAAGGUAUUUUACAGAGUGAAAAAAUACUGUUAGCUGUUAAAUCUAUAGGUUUAAAUAGUACUACUAGCUUUACUAGAACUUUAAUUACUAAUAAUACAGUACAGACAUUAUCUCGAGCUAAUCUAUCCACUAAGAAGGAUGUCGACCAAUAUUUAAAAGAAUAUAAAGAAGGCCAGUUUGAUAAAAUACCCGACCCUUCCAAACUAGAACAUUUCAAGAACGCAAGAGAGAGCAGUUUAGAAUCAAAUGAGUCUAAACCACCGACUGGAACCCACACACUACCUCAUCCAAUAUGGACAGAAGAACAACUACACAAUGUUAAAAUUACAUUUAAAGAGCCUGAAGGCAAGGUGGAUAAGAUGGCGUAUUUUACAGUGAGAACUUUUAGAAAAGGUUUUGAUAUAUUUUCCGGAUUUAUAUUUGGCCAGCGAACAGAGAAGAAAUGGCUAAAUCGUAUCUGUUUCUUAGAAACAGUUGCUGGUGUUCCAGGAAUGGUGGCGGCCAUGACACGUCAUAUGAAAUCAUUACGGAGAUUACAGAGAGAUUACGGUUGGAUUCACACACUUCUCGGUAAAUUAAUACCACUGUAUUGUAUAUUUAUUAUUGUAUUGGUGGUACAACUUGAAGAAGAAGCAGAGAAUGAACGAAUGCAUUUACUAACAGCUAUGGAAUUAAGACAACCCUCAACCUUUUUUCGUUUGUCUGUGAUAGGAGCUCAAGGUGUAUUUGUUACCAUGUUUACGGGAGCCUAUAUUGUCAGUCCUAAAUUCUGUCAUCGGUUUGUGGGGUAUUUAGAGGAAGAAGCUGUCAAAACUUACACCAAAUGUUUAGAGGAUAUUGAGUGUGGUUCAAUGCAGCAUUGGAAAAAACAACAAGCUCCAGAAUUAGCUGUUAGAUACUGGAAAUUAGCUGAUGAUGCGACAAUGAAAGAUGUGAUACUGGCAAUACGGGCUGACGAGGCCCACCAUAGAACUGUGAAUCAUACCUUGGCUCAAUGA